AUGGAGUCUCUAAGUAUCAAAAAGGCCUAUGUUGAUUCCGAAUACGGCCAGGUCCAUUAUCGGUAUGCGGUACCUCCUCAGGUUACCAGAGACACGCUCGUGUUCUUACACAAGUCUGCAUCAUCCUCCAUCUCUUAUACGAAACUGAUUCAACACUAUUCAUCUGCUGGUCAUUCAUGCUACGCUCCUGAUAUGCCAGGAUUUGGAGGUUCCUUUGACCCUCCACCUCCCGCGAUCGAUAUUAUCAGUACCAAGGGCACCCGAUGGUACGUGGACUUGUUCAUGAGUGUAUUCGAAGCUCUAGGUCUAGCCGACAAAGGUUUCCAUAUCAUUGGUCACCAUUCGGGUGCAUCCCUAGCGACUGAGAUGGCAGCCGUUUACCCGGACAAGGUAAAGAGCAUCUGUCUUGUCGGGGCCAGUAUCAUGAGUGCGGAAGAGCGGGCCAAGAUGAAGGAACAAUACUUUGCCCCCUUCAAUAAGCCUGUCCCUGAUGGAUCACAUCUUCUGAAAACCUGGGACUACCUCCGAGGUAUGGGUGUCGGGGACGAUCUUGAUCUGUUUCAGCGUGAAGCAAUUGAUCAUAUUCGUGCUUGGAAGGGCCGUAACCAAAUUUACGGGGCCAUUUGGGGUCAGGACAAGGAAACCUACUUCAAGAUGGUGAAGUGUCCGAUUGUCGUCAUGUGUGCCAGAGACGAUGUGCUGUGGGCUCAUGCAGAGAACGCGAAGAAACAUAGAUCUGACGUGCCCUUGAUUGAAGUCAAAGGAGCCAACUUCUCGUUGGAUAGAGAUGCAGAGGGUAUCAUCACGCAUUGGACUCAACUUAUAGAUAAAGCGUCGUAG